AUGGACGCCUUUGAUGGAGAUUCCGAUCUCUCCGACGUCUCAGCUCCUCCCACUCCCGGCCCAGCUGCCACGCCUCGCGCUGUUUCACCCGAAGCACCACCACCAGCAGUCUCAAAGAGUCCUCCCCCGCCUCCGACCACCGCAAGACGCGCCUCCAAACGCGUCACCGACGCUUCGACAGUUACCAACUCGACCCAGAUCAAACAGGACCCGGCAUCGAGCAGCAACAGACCCGAACCUUCCACAUCGACACCAGCUUCUGCACGACGAGCUUCGACACGAGACCGCAAGCCACCCGCAAAACUUCGAUCUCCCUCCCCCUCGGCAGCAGAUGAGAAGUCGUCUCCAGCCACCAAGCCUGCCGCUGCUGCAGAGGAGCCGCCAAAGUCGAAGAUCAAAGUCAAGCUCAGCAGGAAGUCUAAACAACCCACGGAUGCAGAUGCGGCGAGCGACAGUGGACCUUCGCGAGGCGUCACACCUCAACCGGGUUCUGCGACGAAGGUGACGCUCAAGGUGGGCGGCCGGGGCCGUGAGCAGAAGAAGCUGGCUGAUGAUCUGCGUGAUCUGGCGGACGAGGAGGAGGAUGGCGCGAGUGAUGGUGAUGCUGCGAUGAAGGAUGACGCUCAGUUUGGAGAUGACUUUGAUCCGGAGCAAGGGAAGAGGGUAACGAAGAAGAAUGUCGCGACUGGGAAGAGGGAUAGAGCUGCGAGGAGCAAGGCCGAAGGAAGGCGGAGGGCGGUCAUCGCGGAUGAUCAGGAUGAAGAUGUGGCGGGUGCUGUCGAUACGUCGGCGGCACCGCAGAGGAAGCGAGCCAAGCUGGAGGAUGAUGGCGGCCGCCAAGAGAACAGCAAGAAUCAAGCUCAGCACGGACGCAGAGGGAAGAGCAAGAGGAAGACAGUGGAGUACAGCGACGACAGCGAUGAGGAGAUGGUGGAUGCUGCUUCUGACGAGGACGACCUCUUGGACGACAGCGACGAUGCAUUCGAUCAGGAGGACGAGGGCCCGAGAAAGGGCGGGAAGGCAACGCGAAAGGGCCGAGCUUCAGCAACGGUCGGUGCAAAGAAGGCAGGUGGUCGGGCUCCUGCUGCUUCGUUGGCAUCAAGAGCAGCAACAGGCAGCAAGAAAGCCGGAGCAGCCGCAUCUAGCUCAGCAGCUAUAAGCACCGCUGGUGGUGGCAAGGCAAUGUCAGCCGAAGCCAAGAUGCGAGCGUCGAUCGACGCCGCUGUGAACAAAUCGAUCAAGCCGUCUGCCGGCGCUGCUACCAAACUCAACCCGCAAGCAUCUGCGUUCCGUCCCGGUAGCAUCAACGCGCUGAAACCGGGACCUGGAGGCGCGUCCACCCCCACAGGCGCUGGUCGACUCGCCGGCGCAUCAUCUUCGUCCGCCACCGCCGCACCAGGUGUCAAGCGUACGCCUUCUACAAGCGGCAAACCCGCUUUUGGCAAAAGUAUGUCUGGCUGGGACCAACUCUUCGGCGGCAUCUCCGGUCGAUCCACCUCCUCUUCCACCACUUCGACGCCGAACAAAUCCACCCCGACCAAACCCGGCACCACCGGCGCGACGACCCGCAAACCGACCACACCCGCCUCAGCCACGGGCGUCCGACCGGAUCCGCGACUCGAAGCUGCUUCGCCCGCACAGGUGCAGCAGAUGCGAGCGGCGGCGAGCGAGGAGUACCUCAACACGGACGAGUGCUUCGAUCUGCUGGCGCACGCGGAUAUCAUGCUGGCGUUCGAGAGGUCGAUGUACUUGGAGGAUCGGAAGUUGGCGGGGAGGUUGAGGCCGGUGAAUUUCAAGGCGGGGAGCGUGAUCCAGUCGAAGGCGAAGGAGAGGGUGGGGGAGAGCGUUGAUGUCAAGUGA